AUGAAAAAAGAAGUUGCAGAUAAUAACAAAUUACCAAAUAAGGAAAUGAAUAAUUUCCGAUUAAUGACUCAAUUGAUAGAAUUAAAAAAACAUAAAAAAGCAUAUAAAAUAUGUGAGCAAAUUUUAAAAAAAUAUCCCAAAAACGGAGAAACGUUAGCUGUGAAAGGAUACUUACUAAAUUUGUUAGACGAGAAAAAUAAAGAAGAAGCAUUUAAAUUUAUUAAAGAAGGAAUAAAAAAUAAUUUAUUUAGUAGUUUUUGUUGGUAUUUAUAUGGGUGUUUAUACAAAAUUUAUAAAAAUUAUGAUGAAUCUUUAAAAUGUUUUAUGAAGGCUAUCCAAUUAAAUAAAUAUGAUUAUAAAGCAUUAAAAGAGGCAUGUAUACUUUUAUUAUAUUUAAAAAAAUAUGAGCAAUUUAAGGAUUUACGAUUAGAUAUGUAUAAAGAUAGUGCUAAAGGUGUGAGAGAUAAAGCUGUUUUAAUUUUUUCAUUUCAUUUAUUAAAAAAUUAUGAAAAGUGUUAUGUUGUUAUUAAGCAAAUAGAAAACGAAUUAUUUAAUGAUAAUGAUUUGACUAGUAAUGAAAAACAUGAUCUUUUAAUAUAUAUGAGUGAAAUACUGUUAGAAGGGAAAAUGUAUAAUGAAUGUUUGGUAUUUUUAAAAAUUCAUGAGAAAGAAUUAAUAGAUAAAUUAUGGUUAUAUCAAAUGAUGGGAUUAAUAUAUUUAUAUGAAAAUAAUUUUUCUCAAGCAAAUUUUUUUUUUAAAGAAGCUUUUUCCUUUAAUUAUGAAAAUUUAAAUUUACUCUUAUUAAUUUUAUUUACAGAAAAUAAUUACAACAUCGGAAAUAAAAGAAAUAAUAAUGAAGGAAUAAAAAGAAUGGUAGAUGAAAAAGAUAAUGUAAAUUUAUUACAAAGUGGAUCAGAUGAAAAAAGAACUAUAUCCAGUUUAUUUUAUCUCGAUUAUAAAAAUGAGCAUAAAGUAAGUGAAAAAGUAAAUAUUAAUAAAAAUGUAAAAGUGUUAUUACAUGACUGCAUUUUAGAUAUAUAUGGAUCUGAUAGAAACUUAAAGUUAUUAUCAAAAAUGGAUAAAAAUAUUUUGAACGAUUACGUAUGUCAUAAUUUAGAAAUGCAUAAAUAUGAUAUAUAUACAAUUUCUGAGUUUAAUAAUUUCGUUAAUAUAAAUUUAAUAGAUGAAUCUAAAUUUAAAAGUAAUUUAGAUUCAAGUAAUGUAAAUGAAUAUAUUAAUUCAUUAAAAAUAAAUUUAAAAAAAGAAAAUAUUAGCUUAUCAUCGAACAAAGAUAUAUAUUCCUAUAACAAUAUUCAUUGGUCAGAAAUUUUUGAUGUUGAUCUUCUGUAUUGUCAUAAAAGAAAAUUUGAAAAAAAUAUGAAUAUAUUAUAUUUUUAUAAAAUUAAAAAUUUUAACGAAGAAGAAGAAAAUUGUUUUGAGAAUUAUUUUAAAAAUUUACAAAGAAAAUAUGCAAAAUCAAAUUUAUUAAAAAUAUUUCCUUUACAUUUUUAUAAUGAAAAAAAGUUCUCUUAUUAUGUGGAAAAAUUACUUCGUAGUUUAUGCUUUCAGAAUUCUUUAACAAUUUUUAGUUAUUUCAAAUCCCUUUUUACAUUUAAAAAUAUUAAAAUUAUUCUUUUUUUACUUCAUAAAUACAUUGAUAAUUAUGAUAAAGUAAAGGAAAUAUAUUCGUUUUUUGAUGACGAGUAUAAUAAUUGUAAUGAUUCUAGUUCUCUAACGGAAAACAUACAAAAAGAAAACAAAAUGAAGAAUAUUAGUAACAAUGUAAAUAAUGAUUUUGAAAAAAGAGAAUUCAUACUUGAAAAUGAUUUAAAAAACAAUAUGAUAGAACAAAAUGUAGAUACAAAUGAAGAAGAUGAAAAAAAAAACAAUAAAAGCGCAAAAAACAUAAAAAAAGAAAAUAGUGAUAGUGAAAAAUGUUAUGGCACAAAGUUGGAAGAAAGAAAAAAUGGAAUUAAUGAAAAACGAUUAGAAGAUUUCAUAGAAGAAAAAGAAGAAUUAAACAAUAUGAUAGCAAUAUCAUCAUUAGGAAGAGAAUCAAAGAAAGAUGAAAAAGAAGUAAAAAACUCUGAUAAAGAAAAAAAGGAAAUAAAAAUUGAUUUAAAAAGAGAACGCUUAACAAAAGAAGAAAAAAAUGAAUAUUUUAUUUUAUGUAUAUAUUCUUUUAUUAGUCAAUUAUAUGAUUAUAUUAAUUGCACAAAAGAAGCAUUAAAUCUUAUUGAUAAAGGUAUUAAUAAUAUUAAAUAUAAAAAAAAUGAACCUAUAAAAUAUGAAUUAAUUUUUAUUAAAGGAAUCAUAUAUAAAAGAAAUGGAAGUUAUUUAGAAUCUUAUAAAUAUUUAGAACAGUGUAGAAAUUAUAAUGUUGAUGAUAGAUUUAUUAAUACUAAAACAAUUAAAACUUGCUUAAAAUGUGGACUAAUAAAAGAUGCAAGAAAAAUUGCAACUCUUUUUACAAAUCCACUAGAUAAUAAUUUUUUAAAAAACAUAAAUGAAACACAAUGCUUUUGGCUAGAAUAUAAUAUAUCCUUAAGUUAUAUUAAUAACCACCCUAAUAUACAUUUAAAUAAUUAUUUAAAUCCUGAAGAAAGUAAUAUUUAUAAUUUUAAUGAUGAUGAUAAAAGCAUCAACAAUAGUAAUAAUUUUAAUUUAAAAAAAAUUAUUUUAUUAGAUAAUGAAUUAAUUUCAAAAAACAAAUUUAAUGACUACAGCAAAGGAUUGAAUCUUUUGCAUUUGGCUCAUAAGCAAUUUAUUGAUAUUCAUGAAGAUCAAAUUUGCUUUUAUCAUUAUGCGUUAAGAAAGAUGCUAUUUAAAACAUACAGGCAUUUAUUAUAUAUGACAGGAAACAUUUUUUCUAGUAGAUUUUAUAGAAAAAUUGGAAAAAAUAUUAUUAAAAUUCUGUUAAAUAUGCACGAUUAUAAUAUUUCAGAAAAAAAUGAAUCAAACAAAAAUAGCAAAAAAAAAAAUAAAUUAAAUACUUCAAAUCAAGAGGACAAUGAAUUUUAUGAGCAUAUUAAAAAUGAUCCUUUAGAAAAUUCUAUGAUAUACAUGAACACAUUUUUAUCACAACCAAAUGUUGAUAUAUCUGUUUAUAAGUUAAAUUAUGAAAUCAUAAAAAGAAAAGACAAAGACUAUGUAAAGAUGAUUAAUAUCAUUUUAAAAAUGAAGUCAAUAUUUCCGCAUCAUAAUUAUAAUCACAAAAUGGCUCCACUGAUUUCUCAUUAUUUAUGUACAGUUUCACUAAAUAAUAUGAAUGAAGAAAUAAAAAAAGAAAUAACAAAUAAAUUAAAUCAAAUAUUUAAUUUAAAUCAUUCGGAAUAUAAGGAUGAGUUAUUAAAACAAAUGAGAAAAAAAUAUAUAGAUGAUUUUAUCCAAUUUUUUAAUGAUCAUAAAAAAGGAGAUUUGUGUUAUUAUCAAUCAGCUUUAGAAAUGUAUAUUGAAUGUGAUGAAACAAUAGAUGAAAGAUUAUUAAGAAAUAUUGAAAUUAACCCAGAAAAAAAUAAAUUAGAAAGAUGUUUUAAAUUUUUAAAAUUUUUAAUUAAGAACAAAAAGAAGUAUCCAGAAUUAGUCGAUGUUAUAAAUAAUUUUAAAGACAUAUGCAAAAACGUAUUCCCAUUAGCAAUAGCUUUUCAUUAA